GAACGACAGAAGGCCGAGAAGGCUGCGGGUGGACGGUCAAAGUUUUUUAGUAAUAAUCGAAAAUGACCACAAAUGAUUCAAAAGCCCCGCUUCGGACGGUGAAGCGGGUACAGUUUGGUAUCAUCUCACCCGAUGAAAUAAGGCGUAUGUCAGUAACCGAUGGCGGUAUUCGCUUUCCGGAAACUAUGGAGGGGGGACGUCCGAAACAGGGCGGUCUCAUGGACCCGAGACAGGGUGUCAUCGACAAAAAUUCUCGAUGUCAAACCUGUGCCGGGAACAUGACCGAGUGUCCUGGCCACUUUGGUCACAUAGAUUUAGCCAAGCCAGUAUUCCACUGUGGUUUUAUCACAAAGACUAUCAAAAUUCUUAGAUGCGUAUGUUUCUACUGCUCAAAGAUGUUAGUCAGUCCGCACAAUCCAAAAAUCAAAGAAAUCGUGAUGAAGACAAAAGGUCAACCGCGGAAGCGUCUCACAUUCGUUUACGACCUGUGCAAGAGCAAGAAAAUUUGCGAAGGAGGUGAUGAGAUGGACAUCAACAAAGAUGGCCAGGAAGUUCAACAGGCAGACAAAAAACCCGGGCAUGGAGGUUGUGGUCGCUAUCAACCAAAUUUGCGAAGAUCUGGUCUCGAUGUGACCGCAGAAUGGAAGCACGUGAAUGAAGAUUCUCAGGAGAAGAAGAUUCCUCUGACCGCGGAACGAGCCUUCGAAAUUCUCAAACAUAUCACCGACGAGGAAUGCUUCAUUCUCGGCAUGGAUCCGAAAUUCGCCCGUCCCGACUGGAUGAUCGUCACAGUUCUCCCCGUGCCGCCAUUGUCCGUCAGACCAGCCGUCAUCAUGUACGGAUCAGCAAAAAAUCAGGACGAUUUGACCCACAAACUGGCGGACAUCAUCAAAUCGAAUAACGAGUUGCUUCGUAAUGAACAAGCCGGUGGAGCUGCUCACGUCAUAUCAGAGAACAUAAAAAUGCUUCAGUUUCAUGUCGCGACUCUCGUGGACAACGACAUGCCGGGAAUGCCGCGGGCGAUGCAGAAAUCGGGAAAGCCCUUGAAAGCCAUCAAGGCAAGACUGAAGGGAAAGGAAGGGAGAAUCCGUGGUAAUCUGAUGGGAAAGCGAGUUGACUUUUCCGCCCGUACUGUAAUCACUCCGGAUCCAAAUUUGCGAAUCGAUCAGGUCGGUGUGCCAAGAAGUAUCGCGCAAAAUCUAACAUUCCCCGAAAUUGUGACGCCUUUCAACAUUGACAAGAUGCAGGAACUGGUGAGACGAGGCAAUGCACAAUAUCCAGGUGCGAAGUAUAUCGUGAGAGACAGUGGCGAGCGAAUUGAUUUGAGAUUUCAUCCGAAAUCCUCGGAUCUUCAUCUCCAGUGUGGCUACAAGGUGGAGAGGCAUAUUCGCGACGGUGAUUUGGUGAUUUUCAAUCGGCAGCCGACUCUUCACAAGAUGAGUAUGAUGGGUCACCGGGUGAAGGUUUUACCCUGGAGUACAUUCCGAAUGAAUUUGAGUUGCACCUCGCCGUACAAUGCGGAUUUUGACGGGGACGAGAUGAAUUUGCAUGUGCCACAAUCGAUGGAGACGCGAGCGGAGGUGGAAAAUAUUCAUGUGACACCGCGGCAGAUUAUUACACCGCAGGCGAACUGUCCGGUUAUGGGUAUUGUGCAGGAUACGCUUAUGGCGGUGAGGAAGAUGACGAAGAGGGACGUUUUCAUCGAGAAGGAACAGAUCAUGAAUAUUCUGAUGUUCUUGCCGAGUUGGGACGGAAAAAUGCCACCGCCUUGUAUCUUGAAACCGAAACCACUGUGGACCGGGAAACAAAUAUUUUCUCUAAUCAUUCCAGGCAAUGUAAACAUGAUCAGAACUCACAGUACCCAUCCGGACGAUGAAGAUGACGGACCUUACAAGUGGAUUUCACCCGGAGACACAAAAGUAAUGGUCGAGCAUGGUGAACUCGUGAUGGGAAUCCUCUGUAAGAAGACACUUGGUUCCUCAGGCGGUUCUCUUCUCCACAUCUGUAUGUUGGAGUUGGGCCACGAGGUGUGCGGUCGUUUCUACGGAAACAUCCAAACGGUGAUCAACAACUGGUUGUUGCUGGAGGGUCACUCGAUCGGUAUUGGAGACACAAUUGCCGAUCCUCAGACAUACUUGGAAAUUCAGAAAGCCAUCAAGAAGGCCAAGGAGGAUGUCAUAGAAGUUAUUCAAAAGGCGCACAACAUGGAACUUGAACCAACGCCCGGUAAUACGCUCAGGCAGACUUUCGAGAAUCAAGUAAACAGAAUUCUAAACGACGCUCGAGACAAGACUGGAGGUUCCGCGAAGAAAUCGUUGACUGAAUACAAUAAUUUAAAGGCUAUGGUGGUCUCGGGAUCCAAGGGAUCCAACAUUAACAUCUCCCAGGUUAUUGCUUGUGUGGGACAACAGAACGUUGAGGGUAAGCGUAUACCGUUCGGAUUUCGUAAACGAACUCUGCCCCAUUUUAUCAAGGACGAUUACGGUCCCGAGUCGAGAGGAUUCGUCGAGAAUUCCUAUCUUGCCGGUCUCACACCCUCCGAAUUCUAUUUUCACGCUAUGGGAGGUCGUGAGGGUCUCAUUGAUACGGCUGUAAAAACCGCCGAAACUGGAUACAUCCAGCGUCGUUUGAUCAAGGCUAUGGAGUCGGUAAUGGUUCACUAUGACGGAACAGUGAGAAAUUCAGUGGGUCAGCUGAUCCAGUUGCGUUACGGCGAGGACGGUUUGUGCGGAGAAGCUGUCGAGUUUCAGAGUUUGCCCACAAUUAAAUUGAGCAACAAGGCCUUCGAGAAGAAGUUCAAAUUUGACCCGACAAACGAGAGAUAUCUGCGUCGUAUUUUUAAUGAGGAAAUCGUGCGAGAGAUGAUGGGAUCGGGAGAAGUAAUCUCCGAAUUGGAGAAAGAGUGGGAACAGCUGAAUCGCGAUCGUGCUGUUCUCCGGGAGAUUUUCCCAAGUGGAGAGUCCAAGGUCGUACUUCCCUGCAACUUGCAGAGAAUGAUCUGGAAUGUGCAGAAGAUCUUCCACAUUAACAAGAGAUCGCCGACGGAUUUAAGUCCGAUUCGAGUUAUUCAGGGCGUGAAGGAUCUUCUCGAGAAGUGUGUCAUUGUCGCCGGUGAUGAUAGAUUGAGCGUACAGGCCAAUGCGAACGCAACUCUACUCUUCCAGUGUCUGAUAAGAUCUACAUUGUGCACAAAGUGUGUCUCGGAAGAAUUCAGGUUGUCGGGCGAAGCCUUUGAAUGGUUGAUUGGAGAAAUCGAGACUAGAUUCCAGCAGGCGCAAGUCGCGCCGGGAGAAAUGGUGGGCGCUUUGGCUGCUCAGUCUCUUGGAGAACCAGCUACUCAGAUGACACUGAACACUUUCCAUUUUGCUGGUGUGUCGUCGAAAAACGUAACCCUGGGUGUGCCCAGAUUGAAGGAAAUCAUCAAUAUCAGUAAGAAGCCAAAAGCUCCCUCUCUAACAGUCUUCUUGACAGGAGCUGCCGCGCGCGAUGCCGAAAAAGCCAAGAAUGUUUUGUGUCGUUUGGAGCACACGACUUUAAGGAAAGUCACUGCAAAUACGGCGAUUUAUUAUGAUCCCGAUCCACAGAACACAGUGAUUUCGGAAGAUCAGGAGUUUGUCAACGUCUACUACGAAAUGCCCGACUUUGAUCCAACCAGAAUCUCACCCUGGCUGCUGCGUAUUGAAUUGGACAGAAAGCGAAUGACUGACAAGAAGUUGAGCAUGGAGCAGAUUGCAGAGAAGAUCAAUGCUGGCUUUGGUGAUGAUUUGAAUUGUAUAUUCAAUGACGACAAUGCUGAGAAGUUGGUGCUUCGAAUCAGAAUUAUGAAUAGCGAUGACAGCAAAUUCCAGGACACGGAAGAGGAGUCUGUGGACAAAAUGGAGGAUGAUAUGUUCUUGAGAUGUAUUGAGGCGAAUAUGCUGAGUGACAUGACCCUCCAGGGUAUUGAGGCAAUUGGCAAAGUGUAUAUGCACUUGCCACAGACGGAUUCGAAGAAACGUAUUAUUAUAACCGAAACUGGGGAGUUUAAGGCGAUUGCGGAAUGGUUGCUGGAAACUGACGGAACGAGUUUGAUGAAGGUACUGAGUGAGAGGGAUGUCGAUCCUGUGAGGACUUUCAGUAACGACAUUUGCGAGAUAUUCCAAGUGUUGGGUAUCGAGGCUGUGAGAAAGUCGGUGGAGAAGGAAAUGAAUUCUGUGCUUCAGUUCUACGGACUUUACGUAAACUAUCGACAUCUUGCGUUACUUUGUGACGUUAUGACGGCCAAGGGUCAUCUUAUGGCCAUCACUCGUCACGGAAUUAAUAGGCAGGACACUGGUGCACUCAUGAGAUGUUCAUUCGAAGAAACUGUGGAUGUUUUGUUAGAUGCGGCGUCUCACGCUGAAAAUGAUCCCAUGAGAGGUGUAUCUGAAAACAUCAUUAUGGGACAGCUACCUCGUAUUGGCACAGGAUGCUUUGAUCUCUUACUCGAUGCUGAAAAGUGUAAGCAAGGUAUGGAAAUUCCAAUGGCGGUUGGAGCAAGUAUGAUGGGCGGAACAGGAAUGUUCUGUGGCACUGCAGCGACAUCAAGCAUGAGUCCGCGAAUGACACCCUGGAACCAGAUUGGAGCAACGCCAGCGUACGGUGCAUCCAGCAUGUCUCCUGCUCUAGAAAGUGGAAUGACGCCAGGAGCGGGCUGCUUCUCUCCAUCCGGAGCUUCAGACGCCUCAGGAUUGUCGCCUGCCUAUUCGGCCUACUCACCACAACCAGGUAGUCCUGGCAGUCCCGGACCAAGUAUGAGUCCCUAUCCGAUGUCACCAGCUGGCGGUGCCUCUCCAAGUUACUCACCAACCUCGCCAGCCUAUCUGCCAACUUCUCCCAGUAUGACACCGUCGAGUCCCAACUAUUCACCAACGAGUCCAAGUUACUCGCCCACAAGUCCCAAUUAUUCACCAACGAGUCCGAGUUACUCGCCCACAAGUCCCAGUUACUCGCCAACAAGUCCAAGUUAUUCUCCCACAAGUCCAAGUUAUUCACCAACAAGUCCUAGUUAUUCACCAACAAGUCCUAGUUAUUCUCCCACAAGUCCAAGUUAUUCACCAACAAGUCCCAGUUAUUCUCCCACAAGUCCAAGCUAUUCGCCAACAAGUCCAAGUUAUUCUCCGACAAGUCCAAGUUAUUCGCCAACCAGUCCUAGUUAUUCGCCAACGAGUCCUAGCUAUUCGCCCACAAGUCCCAGUUAUUCACCAACGAGUCCUAGUUAUUCUCCAACCAGUCCUAGUUAUUCGCCAAGUUCUCCAAAUUACACUCCCGCCUCUCCAUCGUACUCGCCCACAAGUCCCUCAUAUUCACCAAGUUCUCCUCAGUACUCGCCAGCGAGUCCCAGCUACUCACCGAGCAGUCCAAAAUACUCACCGACGAGUCCUUCCUACUCUCCGACGUCGCCCUCUUUCGCCGGAACUUCACCGCGAUACACACCGGCGAGUCCUACUUACUCGCCCACAAGUCCAACGUAUUCUCCCACGAGUCCUUCAUACUCGCCAAGUUCCCCACAGCACACAACUGGAGGCAGCACGAGAUACUCGCCAAGCAGUCCAAAUUACUCGCCGACGAGUCCUACCUACUCGCCCUCGAGUCCACAGUACUCGCCUUCCAGUACCAAGUACUCGCCCACAAGUCCAACGUACACACCCACAAGUCCAAGCUAUUCGCCGACUAGUCCUACUUAUUCUCCUCCUGUUCCGGGCUACUCACCUACGAGUCCUACUUAUUCGCCAGCCUCACCUGCUUACGAGACAGACGACACUUAGAGAGGAGAUUUUUAGCUGCAGCAACUUUAAGCACCUGCCGCCUCUCGCGCCAGUGUUGUAAAAUAUUUCCACGUUUUAAGAGAAUCGGUUUUUCUAAGGAUUAAUUGUAAGACUAUGUAAGUUAUUAUUCUAUUAAUUGAGAAAGAGCUUCGUUUCGCAAAUAAACAAGUUUGGAAAAUGUA